AUGUAUUUUGGAAGAUUAGAUGAUUUUUCUAAGUCAAAUACUACGAUUCAUUAAAAUUUAGAAUUGAAUUUUAAUUUAAAUAAAGUUGGAAAGGUAAAUUCUACUACAUUAGGCUAAGUAAUCUCUAAGUGCGUAAAUCUAAAAGCAAUCAAGAUAAAUUUAUACACAAAUUAUAUUGGAGACGAAGGAAUUUAGAAUAUAAGCUCUUCAUUUGGAUAGCUCAAGUAUCUUACAGUCUUAAUUCUUGAGCUGCAAUAUAACUCAAUAGGUGUUGAAGGAAUAUUACAUUUAGCAUAAGAAUUAAAAAAAAUUAAAAACCUUUAAAUUUUAAAGCUAUAUUUAGGGCGAAAUUUUAUAAAUUAAGAUGGAACAAAUCAUUUAGCUUUUGGUUUAUGUCAACUCUAUAAUCUUAGAUGUUUAACAUUGGGUUUAUUUGGUAAUGGAGUAAACGAUGAUGGAGUUUUUCAUUUAUCAUUGGCAAUUGGAGGACUAAUUAAUUUAAGAAAAUUAAGGCUAGUCUUAUCAAAUAAUUAGAUUACUGAUGAGGGCAUAAUAAAUUUAUCUUCCAGCUUAAAAUUUUGCAAAAAAUUAUUAUCCUUAAAAUUAACACUUUUUGAAAACAAUAUUAGCUUUAAAGGAGCUUAAAAUGCCAUUUCUUCAAUAAGAAAACACUCAGAUAUCAAGGCACUAAAGCUUAACUUAGAGAGUAAUAACUUAUUGAGAAGAGAAGCAUUUGCUAUCAAACAAAAUAUUUUUAAAAUAAAAAAAUUAGUUAAAUGCAACUUUUAAUGUUGA